AGUGGGUUUUGGGAGGGAUGUAAUGUGGGAUUGGUUGCACAUGUAUGUUAGGACGUGUCAAUGUGUGUUAGGAUUAUGUGUAUGUUAGUGCCAACGGGACAUGCUUGAAUGCUGCAGAGCCUCGGAGCCGUGAGAGGCACCUCCACUAGGCUGGGGCACUGAAGUGUAGAGACAACAGUGCCUGGAGCCCAGGACCCGGGUGCCAGUGCAUUGCUGCUUCUCAGACCUGGCAGUCCUGGUUUGCAGCACCACGUGGCCUGAGCUGUGUCUGCUGGGGACAUGCUAAGUAGCAGGGCUGGGAACCCUGAGGGGAGAGGUCGGGUGAUCUCGCCCUCCCAGCCCAGUGCGCGCCUGCGCAGAUGGCCGGCGUCCGUCGUCAUGACAGCACCCGGAGGUUCUGGGUCUUGGAGUGAAAAUAUCCUGCAGUAUUUCCUGCGAAGGAAGGAGAUUGCAGCAGAAGAUGGUGCGGAGGUCACAUGGUAUCAUGCAGCUAACCGCAAGGCACAGCUGGAGGAGGCACUGGGCAGUGCUGUUCUCAUGCUUGAGGCCGAUGUCCUCUUGGCCAGCGAGGGGCCAAGCCACGGACAGCCGGUCAUGGCCCAUCCUCCUGAGACCAGCAGUGACAUUUCCCUCCAGCAGUGGCUCGCGGAGGUGGUGAAAAGCAGUAAAGGCAUCAAGCUGGAUUUCAAGAGCCUGGCAGCCGUGGCCCCAUCCAUGGUGCUCCUGAAGGAGGUGGAGGAGCAGCUGCAGCGGCCCGUGUGGAUCAAUGCCGACGUGCUCGCAGGGCCCAAUGGAGCACAUCCGGCAGUGCAGGCAGGGCCGUUCAUAGACACCGUGACGUCCUUCUUCCCGGAUGUGACCCUGUCUCUGGGCUGGACCACCGGAUGGCACGCUGAGAAGCCCAACGAAGGGUACAGCUGGGCGAUGGUGGAGGCGAUGGAGCUUGUUUGCCGGGAGCUCCAGCAGCCCGUCACCUUCCCAGUGCGUGCGGCCCUCGUCAGGCAGUCCUGCUCUGAGCUCUGCUGGCUGCUAGGGAAAUCCGACAGGUACAGCCUGACUAUUUGGACUGGGAAAAAUGAUAACUAUGUCCUGGAAGAUUUGCUUUAUAUUAGAGAAUAUUUUGAUAAAAGCAAAGUUUUCUAUGACCUCUUGGAGCCCCAAGACCGUGAAUUCAAACAAGCCAUUGGAAUUAAAAUCUCCUAAGAAGAUUUCCCCAGAAUGAUGCCUCUGUUGCUGCUGUUUCCAUUGUCACCUGUUUUCAUCCAUGCAAAUUGUGAUGCUUCAUCCAGUGAAGAAGCACUUUCCAUGCCCGGCAUCUGUCCCCAUAUCACUGCAUGGAAAUAAGGGGCAUGUC